ACUGACAUAAAAACAUUUAAAUCAGACAAUAAACAAUUGAAUGACGUGUUUUAAUUGUAUGCGAAACGUGUCAUAUUGUAAAACGCGCUGCAGUCAGAGCAGAGCUAAUCGUGACAGCUGCUGUUCGCCUACACAAAGCGGCAUCAUUAAAUGUCAGUGUUAGCCAGCUAGCUCCUGGUGACCGGCAAGUUAUCGUAGCUAGUUAAGAUGAAUUAACGUUAGGCUAUCGCUCAUGUCUUCCUUUUAAAACUGUUAACUUGUCAGCGUUAAAGGAACAUAAACGUAACCCGUGUUCGCCUUGCAUACAUAAUACAGCAGGUAGCUAACACAAAUAGCCUCAUCAACGUUAGCUCGUGGCUAGCUAAUUAAACAUUCACGCUCGUAGGCAUAAUGUUUCAGAAAAAGAAUGUUCAAAGCGAGAGACACCAGCUGUCCUUAACGAUGAGGUGAAUCCAGGUAGUCUGCCAGUUGAAUGUGUCCUAAUCACGAGAGACAGAGAGCUGUCUUUAUGUCCCAUCUGGGUUCAGAAGUCAAUAUAGUUAUGAUCACGCUCUGCUCAAUAUACGUUGUCAUAUUUGAAGUGGCAUUAUAGUGAGAGAGCUUCUGCAUUAUUAUAAUGCAAAAAACUGCACUAAAAAAAACUCACACUGGAAAGUUCACUUUAAUCUGUCGUACCCAAUGUGCUCGGUGUUGUAUUUAUUGUUUUUAUUUAGUACUGGUUGUACUACAUUUAAACAAUGUAGUUUAUUGUAGAUGUAGUCUAUUUGUGAGACUACAGCUAUAUGUUUGAUUUAUUGCUUGACGCAUAGCAAAGUCACAAUCAAAAUCCUAUGGGGGGCGAUAUGUUCAAAGCCGAUAUGUAUAAGCUUUUUCUUUUCACUGUUCACUUUCCCUCAGUAACCCCUCUCCUUCCUGCCUGUCUUCCUCCUCCAGUCUACCUGACUGUUGCUGACCUUCUGUGGGAUUGGCCCCCACAGCCAUCUUUUGACAUGCAAGGAUUCUACUCCAAGCUUGACUCCUCCUCCUCAUCCCCAUUAUUGGAGAUGGGCCUUGGGGGAGAAGGUGCUCUAGUACCUCUCAGCCUUGCUAUAGAGACGGAGAAAGCUCAGGCUCUCCUCCAGACAUUCAGCUCCGCCUCUCUGCUGGCUUCAGCAGGACUUGGUAUGUUCUGUGUGGUGGCGGACCACGCCCUCCAGCUGUCCGUCAUCCAAAACCACCUGUGGUUGCGUGCUGCCUUGGACAACGCCACGCACGGAUUGGUUGGCCUGUGGUCAUGGGCAGUUGUUAUUGGACUAAGGAAAAAGAGUGAUCUGUAUGAGGUGCUGCUUGCUGGUCUUCUGGCAUCAAUCAUAGACCUGGACCAUUUCUAUAUGGCUGGAUCCCUGUCACUCAAGGCUGCUGUGUCACUCCCUCAGCGUCCUCCUCUACACUGCUCCUCUCUCAUCCCCAUUCUCUGUCUCUCCCUCCGCUUCCUCAUGUGGAUCGGACGACUCAAAGACGCUUGGUGCUCCCUGCCGUGGAUGCUGUUCAUUUCCAUGGCGACGCACCACGUCCGCGAUGCUGUGCGCCACGGCCUGUGGGUAUGCCCGUUCGGCAACACGGCGCCGCUUCCCUACUGGCUGUACGUCAGCACCACAGCGACGCUUCCUCACCUGUGUUCGGUGCUCAUGUAUUUGACAGGGACCAGAGACGUGAUCUCCACCAAACACGGGGUGGCCAUCGAUGUUUAGGAGUCACCAACUUUAGCCAACAACGUUGUAUGCAGUUCUGCUGUGAAAUCUUCGGGUCCAAAAAUGUUGCUGACGCUUCGCUGUUUGAAACGACUAUUAGAUACUUAACAUUACUUCAAAAACAGAAAACUAAGAAUCUGAUUAGUUUUUCAAGCCACAAGUAUGAGAACACUGUCACUACAUGAUAUUGAAAAACCAAAAACAUACAAUGUGGCUUUCCAUAGUUUGAGAAAUCUGUAAAAUACCAAUAACUGUGGAACGUAUGUGUGCCAAUCCAUUUUCUUUCUAGUAUUAAGGGAAUGUAUGAGAAUCUUGUUGACUUGUAUGUGGAGAGUGAUGUGUAUCUAAUUAAGUUAAGAGACUUCUUAUCAUUUCUUGGCCCCUAAAACUCUUCAACAGUCAUCACCUGAACUAUCACUGUCUGUCUACUGUCCUAAGAAGGAACACUCAAGGAAAAGCCCACCAAAGGUCAUCCACUAGCUGUAUGACACUAACUCUCACCCUCAGUGUGUGCGACGGUAUAUUGUCAGUUAUUCCACUGUGCAUUGCCGAUCUGCCAUAGUGAAAUUUAUUGCAUUGUACAUUCAUUGUCAAAUACAUUUUAAUUCUAAUGACAUGUCCACCAUUAAUCACCACAGAACACAUGUUAUCGUUGGCUGUUAACGCCUGUACUUGCCAGCCGUCGCCACUCUGCCAGCGUACUCUCAUUUUGUUAGAAGAUCCUUAUUUUCGACAUUUCGUUUCAAAUUCAGAAUUUUCAGUACCAACCAUUAUGGAUUAGGAUAUUUUCCUGUGUCACGUGGUGGUUUUUUCAAUUUCGUAAAGUUUUUUUGUUGCUCCAUUUAGCAAAAAAAAAAACCUUAUUCCCAAGGCACUUGUGUGCAUUAAUCGACCAGCUGUGUUCCCACUGUACCAAUGACGGAGAGCUAUUAAUUUCUUUUCCAGAGUAUCAUUUUUGACAUUACUUUCAGCUGUUGCAGCAAAAGCUAAGACUGAAAUGGCUGGGUGAGAGGAUCAAAAAUAACCUCUCUAUUUUACAUCGAACAUUCAAAAGAUUAGGGACCAGGAGAGAUGCUGGAACUUUUUUUCAAUCCUGUUUCUAUUGCUAGUAAUAUCUUCAUAUAACAUAUUGAUCGACAGUACUAUAAAUUGUUGAUUUUCUGUAUAUUCUUAUACAGCAGUUUUUGCGAUGCUGUUAUUUAAUUAAAUAAUUGAUGCGGUACAGAUGACUCAUAGAAAUUGGUGACCCCAUGACUUGCAGAAGACAGUUUAUUUCAACUAUUUAUCUCAUGAAUAUUAGCAUGCUCUAAGACACGGCGCAUUUAGAGGUAGGAAGUCACGGCACUGUUUUAGUGGGUGGAUAAUGGUGUUGUAUUAUUUAUUACAUGAUGCUUCAUAUGUGUUAGUACUGUGGAUGUAAUGGGUUUUAGGAACUUGUAGUUUUAAUACAAUUGCUUUAAAUAUGAAAGGGAUAGUGGACUCGGCAAGAGGUUUUUGCUUCGGUCUUUUUUACUUGGGAUAUUCACACUAUUCUCAAAUAGCCAUAAUCAACACAUAUUUUAAUUUAUAUUUGAGUUUUUAUUUAUUUAUUUAGAUCAGUUUUCUUUUGGAGCUGCUGGUAAGGUUGUCAUGUUGCUUGUUUUCCACUAGGUUGCUGCAAUUGUGAAGGGUUCACAAUUUGGCGUAUAGGGUGGGAAUUGCCCAGUGGAUUGAAGAAAAAAAACAUCCAUAAAUGUAUGUAUUGUUGACUUUUAGAAAGAGGUUACACAAUGGCCACAAUCCAAUUUGAGUCACCAGUGUGUUUUUGAGUGUAACUAAUAUAUUUUACCGCUGCUGAUGUGACCUUUAUUCAUGUAAUAUGUUACAUUUUGCACAAUGUAAGGAUUUUGUUUACAUUUUGCUUUUUAUUAUUUAUUCAUGUUUUUGUAUGAUCAUUUUAUUUCAAUAUUAAUAAAGUCUAGAUAAUAACA